CGCCUUAAAAACAGAGCUGGUGCUCAGGUCGCUGCCGCUUUGAGCAAGAUCCAGCGUCGCUGCGGUUAACCCUGACCUCUUUGGAGACCCCGCACAGCCAUGGCCAGCAAGGGCUUGCAGGACCUGAAGCAGCAAGUGGAGGGGGCGGCUCAGGAAGCUGUGACUGCAGCUGGAGCAGCAGCUCAGCAAGUGGUGGAUCCCACAGAAGCAGGGCAGAAAGCCAUGGACCAGGUGGCCAAGUCUACCCAGGAAACCAUCGACAAGACUGCUAACCAGGCCUCGGAGACUUUCUCCGGUUUUGGGAAAAAAUUCGGCCUCCUAAAAUGACAGAAAGGAGACGAGGGUGACUUCCUACCAGGUCCUGAGCUCUAGCAGGCUCUUAGCCGGCCCUCUCAUUAAAGCACAUAU